AAAAUAUUAAACGACAAUGUCAAAUCAUCCAUAAGCUGCUUAAUAACCCUAAUAAGCUCCAGCACCUUAGGCAUAAUAAAGACCUACAGGUGCAGUAUAUCCAAAUACAUAUUUACCACCAACUUAUUAUCCAGCUUCUCCAAUUAGAUAAUCUUAUGUUGCUCCAGUAGCUCCAAUUUAAUAUGCACCAGUGGCCUAAAUGCCUGUUGCACCAAUAGCAUCUGUUCCUGUUUAACAAUUUGCACCUGUCCAAGUUUAGUAAAUUGCAGUUGCCCCUACUCCAGUUGCUUAAGUAAAUUUGAAUUUAAUUUUAGCAUCAAACAAUUAAAGGAGAAUCAAGAAUAGAAUAUAUUCCAUAUUAAAAAGCAGUUGUUGAAUACGAAGAAUAAGAAAUUGUAUCUUAUGUUCCAAGAGAAACUAAAGUUACCGAUUACUACGCUGUUGAAUAUUAAACUGAAUAUGUUCCUUAAGUAUUUUAAGAGAAAUACACAGGUAAUUAAUGAAUAUAUAUCAUUCAGAGUAUGUACCAGUUGAUAGAUAUUAAGAAAGAGUUGAAUAUUAUCCAGUUGAAAGAUAAGUUGUUCAUUAACAGCCAACUUAAUAUGUUUAAUAAGCUGUAUCAGUUGUUCAAUAACCAAUGAUCCAACAAUCAGUUCAAUAUGUUUAAUAACCAGUUUAAUAUGUUUAAUAACCAGUCUAAUAUGUUUAACAACCAAUGAUAGCAUCUAGAGUUGUUCCUUAAUUUGUAUAAUCAUAAUAAUAUGUUCCUGCACCUGUAGCAAGACCAUCAUAACCAUAACAAUAAUAAUAAACUCAUUAACCAUAAUAAGUGCCAUCAUAAUAACCAAGAUCUUAGACAGCCCAAUAAUAACCAUAAUAAUAAUCAUGAAAUAACAUAUUAUAUAUAUAAAUAUAAGAAAU